AUGGGCAGCAUAGACUUGAAGAAAUACGACUCCAUCUCCAGAUUUACUUGGUCGUCCGACAACCCUUCUCAUCAAUUCGAUGUCCAUAAUCCGGCGACCGGGGAGGUGAUCACGACGGUGCAAGGAGGCGGCGUGGAACAGGUGCAGCAAGCUGUCGACCUCGCUCAGAAAGCCUAUCAGAACGACUGGAGAUGGCGCAGCCCUCGAGACCGAUCGAUUCUCCUGCUUCGGGCAGCAGACAAUCUUGAGGCGCACUUCGAAGAGUUGUCUCAUUUGCUCUGCCUGGAAAAUGGGAAGCCGAUCUCUCAGGCAAAAGAAGGCGACAUUCCUUUCGUGAUCAACAUCUUCCGCUACUUUGCUUCACUGGUGGACAAGUUACCCCAUGAGCUCUACGAUCAGGGCGCCCUCUAUUCUCACAUUCAACGUGAGCCUUACGGAGUUGUAGCGGGUAUCAUUCCGUUCAACUGGCCUCCCAUUCACGUAGGAGGCAAGAGCGCACCUGCUCUAGCCAUGGGCAACACCAUCAUCAUCAAGCCCGGGGAGCAAGCCCCCUUGACGGCACUGCGCAUUGUGGAACUCGUGGCGGAAGUUCUGCCUUAUGGAGUCAUCCAGGCAGUUCCUGCCAUUGGCAUCGACGUACCACAAGCACUGGUCACUCAUCCCAAUGUUCGCAAGGUGUCGUUCACGGGAUCGACUAGGGCCGGAGCUGCAGUGAGCAAACUUGCAGCCGACUCCAUCACGCCGUUGUCGCUGGAACUCGGCGGCAAGAACUGCUUGAUUGUAUUCGAGGAUGCAGACAUGGACCUGGCUGUCCGAAAUAUUAUAGACGGAGGAUAUUUCAAUCAAGGCGAAGCAUGCACCGCAUCAUCGAGAGUCCUGGCGCAGAGAACCGUUCACGAUACGCUUGUUGCCAAACUUUCCAAGGCAGUCAAGAGACUCGUGGUGGGAGAUGGUGCAAAUGAAGCCACCCACGUCGGACCACUGGUCACCAAAGUUCACCAGCAAAAGGUGCUCGAGUACCUCGAGAUCGGCAUCAAGGAGGGAGCGAAGAUAGAAGCACAGGCAGCUCUACCCACAGAUCCAAAACUCGCGAACGGGUACUACGUUCAGCCCACUCUAUUCACCAACGUCACCCGAGACAUGCGUAUUGCAAAGGAAGAGAUUUUUGGUCCCGUCGUCACUGUGAAUGUCUUUGAUACCUACGAAGAGGCGAUCUCGAUCGCCAACGAACCCGAGUACGGUCUUGUGGCGGCCGUCUUCUCCCGUGAUCACGAGAAGUGCUUACGUACGGCGCGAGAGGUCGAUGUUGGUAUGUUCUUCGUCAACAAUUACAGCAGGUCCGUACUGGGUAGCCCGUUCGGAGGUGCGAAGCACAGUGGCUACGGGCGAGAACACACCAUUGAGACUCUUCAUGAGUACAGCAGGCCGAAGAGUAUUCGCAUUCCAUCUGGCAUAGGGAAGGUACCCGGUUGGGGAAAGCUAGACGAGCUGGUAGCCGAAUUAUAAACGGGAUGGGGUAGCCAUAGAAGAGCAGGAAUGCUGUCACGACCCACUAUACGCCACACAGGGCCGUAGCGGUAUGCAGGGUAUAGAGGUACUCUUACUU